GGCCGGGCGCCCCGCGGCCUCAGGAAAGUGAAAGGGCCGCCGGGGCCUCCACGCGCCGCCCCAGGAAGUCGCGAGCAGGAAGCGCCGGCGGCGGCCGGGCCGGGCGGCGGGGCGCGGGCCUGCGGGCGCAGAGAGCCGAGCCUCUGCUGGAAGGAAGAGGGCAGGCGAGACCCCACAGGACACCCCUGCGUGCUUCCCAGGAUCAAGAACCUAUUAAUGAAGCCUCUUAUUUCGUGACCGAAGCUCCACGGUCAGUGAGACGUAAAUGGCCCGACUUCCCCCCGGCAUUCGCGUCAUCGUCUCGUUCUCCAGGGAUCAGUGGUACAGAGCCUUCAUUUUUAUUUUGACAUUUUUGCUGUAUGCAAGUUUUCACUUAUCUCGAAAGCCUAUCAGCAUAGUUAAGGGUGAGCUGCACAGAGAUUGCACAGCUUCAUAUGAGCGGGAGGUUGGAUUCAACAGCCAGAGCCGAAAAGCCGGGGACAGCCCCGCUCACCAGCCCCCAGACAACGGGACCGACUGCGGCUGGGCCCCAUUUGAUGAGGGCAACUACCAGCAGCUGCUCGGCGCCCUGGACUACUCCUUCCUGUGCGCGUACGCUGUCGGCAUGUACCUGAGUGGCAUAAUAGGGGAACGCCUGCCAAUUAGGUAUUACCUAACUUUCGGAAUGGUGGCCAGUGGUGCUUUUACUGCCCUGUUUGGGGUAGGGUAUUUCUACAACAUCCACAGUUUUGGAUUCUACGUGGUGACCCAGAUCGUCAACGGACUGGUACAGACCACCGGCUGGCCCAGCGUCGUCACCUGCCUCGGCAACUGGUUUGGAAAAGGGAGGCGAGGUUUGAUUAUGGGGGUCUGGAAUUCCCACACCUCUGUGGGCAACAUUCUGGGGUCCUUGAUCGCUGGCUACUGGGUGUCCACAUGCUGGGGCCUGUCCUUCAUCGUGCCUGGGGCCAUCGUGGCAGCCAUGGGGAUAGUGUGCUUUCUCUUUCUCAUUGAACAUCCGAAGGACAUCGCCUGUUCUUCCUCCCUGGCCAUGCAUCCAAAAGGCUACGAGAACGGCACACACAGAUUUCGACUGCAGAAGCAAGUGCUAACCGAGGAGAGGAACAAACCUCUGGACCCAGAGAUGCAGUGCUUACUGCUGUCGGACGGAAAGCGCUCCGGCCACCAGAACCACGUGGUCAUUCUCCCAGCAGACGGCGGGGGCGGCAUCACGGCCAUCAGCUUCGUAGGGGCCUUGAAAAUUCCCGGCGUGAUAGAGUUCUCUCUGUGUCUACUGUUUGCCAAGUUGGUCAGCUAUACGUUCCUCUUCUGGCUUCCACUGUACAUCACAAAUGUAGAUCACCUUGACGUCAAGAAGGCCGGAGAGCUCUCCACCUUGUUUGAUGUGGGCGGGAUCUUCGGUGGGAUCCUGGCGGGUGUGAUCUCCGAUCGACUGGAGAAAAGGGCCUCCACCUGCGGCCUGAUGCUGCUGCUUGCAGCCCCGACGCUCUACAUAUUCUCUGCCAUCAGCAAAAUGGGUCUAGAAGCCACCAUCGCCAUGCUGCUCCUCAGCGGGGCCCUGGUCAGCGGGCCGUACGCACUGAUCACGACCGCCGUCUCCGCCGACCUGGGGACUCAUAAAAGUCUGAAGGGAAACUCCCACGCCCUGGCCACCGUGACCGCCAUCAUUGACGGAACUGGGUCUGUAGGAGCAGCGCUGGGCCCACUGCUGGCCGGGCUCCUCUCCCCGUCGGGAUGGAACAACGUGUUCUACAUGCUGAUGUUUGCAGACGCCUGUGCCUUAGUGUUCCUACUCCGCCUCAUACACAAGGAGCUGAGCUGCCCGGGGUCGGCGACGGGAAACCAAGCUCUGUUUAAGGAGCACUGACCCCUCGAGUCCCGUGGAGGGAGGCUGGGCCAGUCCUUCACAAACUGUCUUUCAAGGAAGAGUUCAAAUAAAGGAUCCUGUGUUGAAAAGAGUGAUUUACCCUUGCCUUUUGCACAUUCACCUGGGAAAGACACACAAGCCACCUUGAGAAAUCCUGGUUCUAUGUCAGCCGGGCCGUGGAGCUCCGGCAGUGGUGGAGCAGCUCGUGGGCAGUGCCGGCUGCCGCCCGCUGAGCCCCACGAGCUGGCACCUCGGCGCGCCGGGUGGCCCCUCUGCAUCCUGAGCGACAGCGGCCGGGACUGGUGUGCGGCGCCCAGGGGAACUUCGGUCUCUCUCAGGUAUUUCAGCGCGGGAUGUCGGAGCGGGUGGAGCUCAGGUGGCAGGAACAUGCCGGGGGCCAGUCAGGAUGCUGCAGGCGGUCGGGGUGCGGACAGCAGAGACGCCUCUGCAAGGACAGAGCCGACACCUGCAUCAAAACCAAGACAGAGCUCAGACCCAUCGUGUCACCCAAAAGAUGUCCCCAGCCCUUCCCCCUGCUCUGCACCCAACCAGAAACGGUCCAGGGUGGACUGCGAUGAAGCCAUCAAAGCCUGUGAACAGUCUGGAGGACAGACGGCCGCCCCGGAACCCCGGGGGUUCCCGUCACCGGAGCCCCAAGGGCCCCGAAGCCACUGGCCCCGGGUGGGGUGGUGGGGAGGACACGGCGAGGCCGGGCCCCCAGCCCAGCCCUCUGUCUCCCCCAUGACGCCACGCACAGACCGGGGCCUGUCCUUGGUGACACAGCACUGGAGCGGAUUUAUUUAUUGAAAUGGGUAAUGUGUUACCGGAGCUUAGGGAACAUACGUGGCAUCUUGUUAUUGAUUCAGACAAACUCCGAUUGUUCUCUAGCCACUUGUUGCCUUGGGUGUUGCCUCUCGGUUGUUGAUCUUUGAAAUAAAAUGUUUAAAAACAAGAAA